AUGGCAGUACCCGAGAAACCGGAGUCGAAAUGCGACGUUCUCAUAGUUGGUGCGGGACCAGCGGGUCUCAUGAUGGCCGCGUGGAUGGCUCGCUGUGGCAUCAAUGCUCGAAUAGUCGACAAACGCAGCACAAAAAUUUUCUCCGGCCAGGCCGAUGGCCUCCAGAUGCGUAGCCUGGAGAUCUUCGACAGCUUUGGCUUUGCAGACCGAGCUUGGAAAGAGGCGAACCAUAUGAUUGAGAUCUGUAUGUGGAACCCCGGCGAAGACGGCACCAUUCGGCGGUCAGAUCGCAUACCCGAUGUACCAAUCGGCCUUUCCCGCUUCACGCAGAUCGUGCUGCAUCAGGGUCGCAUAGAGCGCUUCUUCCUCGACCACAUCAAGAAGUACUCCAAAGACUCUCUUCACGUUGAACGUGGAGUGCUCCCAGAGUCCCUGGACAUUGCCGCCGAUCUUUGCGACAACCAUUCCCCCGAUUCAUAUCCAAUCACGGUGAAGCUGAGGCAUCUGACGGAAGAGGAGGCAACACCGGCCCAGAGCAACGGGUCGACGGUAAGUGAUGGGCUCUUCAGGAGUAACUUAGCGGAUGACGAUACGGACGAUUUGAUUGCGAAGAGCCGGGAGAAGCAAGGGAGCACGGAGAUCGUUAAGGCGAAGUACAUGGUCGGGUGCGAUGGAGCACAUAGCUGGACGAGGAGGCAGUUGGGCUUCAAGCUCGAAGGAGAACCCACGGACUUCAUUUGGGGCGUGUUAGCAGACGUCAUCCCCAUCACCGACUUCCCCGACAUCCGCAUGCGCUGCGCCGUCCACAGCGCCUCCUCCGGCUCCCUCAUGGUGAUCCCGCGCGAAAACAAACUUGUCCGCCUCUACAUCCAGCUCACGGAAAUCAAACCCGACGCCAGCGGGCGCGCCGACCGCUCCCAAAUCACCCCCGAAACCAUCAUCAAAGCCGCGCAGAAGAUCAUCGCGCCCUAUAACCUAACCUACGAGUACUGCGACUGGUGGACCGCGUACCAGAUUGGGCAGCGCGUCGGCACGAACUUCGACUACAAGCAGCGCGUGUUUCUAGCAGGCGAUGCCGUGCAUACGCAUAGCCCCAAGGCCGGCCAGGGCAUGAAUGUGAGCAUGCAGGAUGCGUUCAACCUCGGCUGGAAGCUCGGCCUCGUCGUCAAAGGCAUCGCGAACCCUUCGAUCCUCAAGACGUACCAGUCGGAACGGCGACGCGUAGCCAAGGACCUCAUCGACUUCGACCACAAGUUCUCGCGCCUCUUCUCCGGCCGCCCCGCCAAGGACGUCCUCGACGAAACCGGCGUCAGCAUGGCCGACUUCAAAGAAGCCUUUCUGAAGGGCGGCCUGUUCGCCUCGGGCCUGUCCGUCGACUACGGCGCCAGCAUGCUAGUCGCCAAACCCGGCGACGCCGCCGAGCAGGGCGACGGCACCGACGUGGCGAGCUCCAGCAAAACCCGCGUUAUCGGCAAGCAGCACUUGGCGAGCAACAUCAAGCUCGGCAUGCGCUUCCCCAGCUUCAAAGUGCUCAACCAGUCCGACGCGCGCCCCUGGCACUUCCAGGAGCGCCUCAAGUCCGACGGCCGCUUCCGCCUCAUCCUCUUCGCCGGCAACGUGCUGUCCCCCGCGCAGAAAUCCCGCCUCGACGCCUUCUGCGCCCGGCUCGCUGCGUCGCCGCGCCUGAAGCCCUUGCUCUACACACACAUCGAUGUGCUUACGUGCCACUCCGCGCCGCGCACACAGACGGAGCUGCUGCGCGAUUUUCCCGAAGUGCUGCAUCCGUUUAGCGCACGCACGGGCUGGGACUAUGAUAGCGUGUUUGCGGACGAUGAGAGCUACCAUGAAGGGUAUGGUGAUGCGUAUCGGAAUUAUGGCGUCGAUAGGGAGAGCGGGUGUGUGGUUGUUACGCGGCCGGAUCAGUAUGUGGGGUUUGUGGGGGAGUUGGAUGGGGAGGAGGGGUGGAGCGGCGUGGAGGCUUAUUUUGGGGGUGUGCUUGUGGGAUAG